UGACGAGUCGACUUCGCAUAACGAAAACAAGGUGUUAUAUUAUGUCGUAUUAUUAAUCGUCGAUAAUUAUCUAUAUGUAGGAGUUAAUUGCAGUGAAUAAGAUGGAUCAACGGGAAUAUGCAGUUGUUCAUUUCCUUAAUGAGGGAACUGUAGAAGUAAUUCCUACAAAGUGGCUAGAUCAACCUGAUGUGCUUGAGACUGAAGCUUUCUGGCCGCCAGAAAAAGGUUGGCCUUUAAAGGGAUCUCGAUACAUACAAUUAAAAAAAGCUGUUCAAGGUCUUAAUGAUCCUGAUAUAACAUGGCCCGUUUUCAAUGUAAAAGUACUCCACUUAUUUCAAACUUAUGAAGAUGCAAUACAAGGAUGUAAAAAAGCUGAAUAUGAUUCAAAUAUCGACACAGAAAAAGAAGUAAAGUCUCGUAAGAGACGUAAGCCUCUUAGAUAUGUUUCUUCUGAUCUUGACAGCGAAAAUGAUACAUGUGCAGAUGAUAAUAUUUGUUCUCCAACACGUAAAUUAAAACCAAAAAUCAAAAAAAUUAAGAAGAUUCAGUCUAACUCCGAUUCUGAUGAUGUUGUAUUACAGCCGCCAAAAGUAAGCGACCAUUUAAAAGGAACUCUUUUAUCUUUAAAUCGUUCAACACUGGAAGUUUGUCAAAAUAACAACAAAUCGCCAAAGACGAAUACUGCUUUAAAAAAAACAUCUGGACCGACGAAGAUGUUAACAUCAAAUUCUAAUAAAGGGAAAGAAAAAGCGAAUCCUUCAAAAAAUAUAAAGAAAAUUGAUAUUUCUAGUGCUAAAGCUCGUGCUCUAUCCAAUUCCAAAAAUUCAAAAAGUGCAACUCAAAAUUUACCUUCAGAUCUUAAUAAUAAUAAUGGUAAUAAAACGUCAAAAACGAUUAAUAUGAAUAUUGAGAACAAAACAAAUAAAAAGCAUCCCAUUUCUGGAAAAUUGGAAAAAUAUGUCAGAGUUGAUUCUGUUCUUGAUAAAAAUCCACCUAAUAUCAUGGAAACAGAUGAUGUGGUUGAACCAAGUGCUUCUUCGACAUCACCAUUUAAAGUUACUCCAACUGCAUCAACCAGUGGGAUAAAUAAUGAUUAUUCUAACUUGUCUCUAUCUGAAUAUUGUGGCAAUAUUGUGAAUUUAGGCAGUAAAAACGAUAUAAGUGCAGUAGAUGGCCCUUCAAAUCAAAUAUCUAAAAAUUCACUUAACCCUCAGAAAUCAGUUUCGACAAAGGCUGCAAAGGACAAAGAAGAAGCAAAGCUAACGAGCACGUUACUGAUACAAGUGAGCAAGCAGUUAGACGCAGUACUUUUAAAUCAAGCGAUCAUCAUGCGAGCUGUCGAUCCAAAUAUAGCCAAAAUGGUGAGACCGGAACAAAUGCCCACUAUGCCAAUGAGAGUCAUGGCCGAUUUUAAUAAAAUGGAAAAGUUUCUUCAAGAGCCUAUAAAUUUUGCGGCAAUUCGUGAUAGAUUGUGGAUGCUAUCUACUGGAAGUCAGAAUGAAAAGUCAGCUACGGGUAAAAUUCUAUCCCAUAUGAUGUAUAAUUGUUUGGCUGCUAAUAUUAGUUGGAAAGGAAGUUCAGGCUCGAAGAUUGAAUUUCAAACUUCAAAAAGCUGUGAAGUAGUAUUUAGUGCCAUUGGAUUACGUUUUAAAGGGAGUAAUCUUGAUGAUGCUGAAGCUAAAAUGAAAGACUGGUUUCGCUCUGCACCUUACAAGAAACAGGAAGAUGGGCUUGCAUAG